CGGAGAAGCGGGGGAGCCAGAGCCGCAAAGGUCCUCGCAUUCACCUUGAGGUCUGCUGGAAUCGGGUUCUUCAGGGAGAACCCGCGUUCAUCUCCGACCAGGCCGUCGGCGCCGUGAGCUUCCUCCGAUCGUGCAGCAAGCACGGCCGAUCGCUGCGGAGGGGAAAGGCUGGAUCUUCCUCUCGAGAAUAAACACCUAAAAACCGACGUCCACCUCUUGAAUUCUGCCUUCUUGUUCAUCUUCUCAGCUUAAAUUUGUAGGAUUUUUACUCUUUUUUUUUGUAAUUUGCAGGAACAUCUUUGUUCAUGAGAUGUUGAGAGGAGCAAAAUCCCUCAUGAGAUGAUCCCUUUGCCCAAAAAUGGUUAGAUUCAACAACAUGUUUUGCAAUAGUUUUAAACAGGUGGUUUAUAGUUUGAACAAUCAACAAAAAUUGGUUCAUCAAUUUUGAUUACAUAAAUCAUUAGUUAAAAAUUAAAGUUGAUAAAUAUAAAUCUUUAAUCCAAGACUAAUGAAUGAUGUUUAAAUAUUAGGGAUGCCCAAUGUAAUGUUUGUGCUUUCUCAAUUUAUUUAUUCAUGUCUUAGACAAUAUAUAAGGGAUUUAUAGAAUGUUUGACCAACUCAAUUUUGAAAAUACAAGAUUGUACGCCUAAGUGUAUGCAUACAUGUAUAUUAGUACCAACAAAGCCCAAAUACAUGCAUACAUGUACGCCUAAGAUUGUACGCCAAAGCCCAAUAUGAUUCCUUGAUAAAAAUUCGAUAAGAUUAUCCUUUUUAAUGUAUGCAUACAUGUAUAUUAGUUUAUAACAUAUUUAGAAUAAGAAAAUUGUAUGCUUUUUAUGUGGAACAUCCGAACACGCAACAAAACAUCGCGUUGGAUCUGUUGUAGUCCGCGAAACGAUCCCGAACAAUUAGGCUUCCACGAGCCAUGCAAGCCACAGGUUGGAGAAGGCGAGAGGAGAGCUCGCUCCAUUUCUCCUACCCAUCCCUCUCCCUCCCUCUUCCCCCCCACCACACUCAUUCCCUCUUCCUCCCCCGCACGAAAGCGUACGCAUUUCCCGCAUCGACCUCCACUUCAUGGCAGCUGCUGCUGCAUCCACGUCCUCGUCGUCCGCCCUACGACGGCUCCAAGCGCUGCAGUCGGAGCCGGGCAACGGGGCGUGCGUCGACUGCGGGCAGAGGAACCCGCAGUGGGCCUCCAUCUCUUACGGCGUCUUCAUGUGCCUCGAGUGCUCCGGCAAGCACCGCGGCCUCGGGGUGCACCUCAGCUUCGUCCGCUCCGUCACCAUGGACUCCUGGACCGACGCCCAGCUCCGGAGAAUGGAGUGCGGCGGCAACGACCGCCUCAACGCCUUCCUCGCCCGACGCAGGGUCCCCAGGGACGCCGACCCCGCCACCAAGUACAAGUCCCGCGCUGCCGCAGCCUACCGCGACUGCAUCCAGGCCCUCGCCGACGGCCACCCCUGGCAAGACCCGCCCGUCGUCAAGGAGGCCACCACCGAGCCCAGCGCGAGGAAGCCGCCGCGGAAUCCGUCCGGGUGGGACAGGUGGGACGACGAGGAGGAGGACGGCUGCGACCACCUCGCGGCUAGUUCGAACAUGAGGAGGAAUCAGUCGGUGGGUGACCUUGGGUGCGGGUGCGGGAGCGGGAGCGGGAGCGGAGCAGCGACGUCGCUGCGAUCUCGGUCGACGCAGGAUCUGCCCGCCAUGGCGCAGAAGCCGGCGAACAAGGAGAGGUUCUUCGCGAUGAAGAUGUAUGAGAACAGUACUCGGCCGGAGGGGAUCCCACCCUCACAAGGCGGCAAGUACGUGGGAUUCGGAUCGAGCCCCACUCGGCCAGCACGGAGUGCUUCGCAGGAUGACUUGCUCUCCGUCGUCUCUCGGGGAUUUGGUCGCCUGUCCAUGGCCGCUGCUUCUGCUGCGCAAUCUGCAGCUAAUGUUGUCCAAGCAGGUACAAAGGAGCUGACUUCCAAGGUGAUGGAGGUGAACUAUGAUCAGAAGGUAAAUGAAACAGUGAACACGGUAACAGCAAGAACCAGCGAAAUCGGUCACAGGACAUGGGGGAUCAUGAGAGGCGUAAUGGCAAUGGCGUCGCUGAAGAUGGAGGGAAUGGGGUGGAGCGAGGGUGACGACGGCAGAUACUCCGAAGCGUUUGGGCAGGAGAGCAAGGGUGGAAGCGGUCGGCAAACGCAUCCUUCGGCGAAAGACUCGCGGGGUGAUUGGAAUGAGAGCGAGAUGAAGGAGGAGGAGGAUCACAGGAAGCACACCGACGGCGAGGAUAGCUGGGCGUGGUGGGAUGAAGCCGACGAUGAUGAGCAGGAGAUCAGCCAUCAUCAACCCAAGAGUGCCAAGUGA